GCUCGCUCGAAAAUAAUUGGCUCUGCUCGCUCGCAGAUCGCAAGCUCUCAACAGUCGGAGCAUUUAUCGGGAAGCCCUCCCAGACCAGUGGAAUAAUAGCCCGUGUUUAUAUUCAUUUCAGGAAAUAUCAACAAAACUCCCACCUGCAUUUGGCUACAUUUCAAAUCAUCGAAAUGACAUCUCCGGCCCGCAUCCUACUUCUACAGAAUCAAUGCAGAUCAUCAUUCCAGAACAAAUGGGAACAAGCGAUUCGAAGAGGCGGGCAUCCCGAAUUCCUAUUACUCUAAAAAUAGGCCUACCAUGAGCAAAGAACAAUUUUGCGAGUGAGCCAGUCGAUAAAGUUCUCCGAACCUCUACAAACUUUCAUUCCAUCAUCUUUUUAGUGCAUUAUUUAUUCAAAUUGGAUAUGCCAUAACAAUGGAACUUAACGUUGAACUAAUACUGGCAGUAUUUUCAUGGAUAUUCUUCAUCAAUAAUUAUGUACUGUCGUGUGACGAUGGAUGCGCAACGGAAGGACAGAAUUAUACCCCAAUAGAGGAGGUUCCGGAGCGGAUGGUAUUAUUUCAAUAUCACCCGAUUAAAGUUGGACAUGUGAGAUAUAUUGAGAUCGAACCAGGCAGAUAUGUACAGAUGAAAACACUUGCGAUGCAUCCACCCAUAUUUGAAAUACCUAACUUUUUGACUCACGAAGAAACAAACUACAUCAAACGAGUGGCUUCCGAAAGCGGGCUUCAAACUAGUAGAACUGCCUUUAAAGGAUCCCUAACGAACAAUGAUGCCGAGUCAUUGAUGUCUCAUGCUCAUUUACACGGUUAUAACGAGACAUUUUGGAAAGACAAACUAUCGAUUUGCGAUACGGACAGUGAUCUCCUGCUCGAUCAAGCCGAAGCGUUACGAUGUCUACCCGAUCUCCGUCAGCAGAACGUGUCGGAAGCAAUGCUGGAUUUAAUGAUGGGCGAUUUGCAGCUCGACUAUGAUUCGGACGCUCGGUUCGACGCGAAGGAAUUGUGGCAAGUUUCGGAAAUGCCGAGUGUUGCCGAAGAUAUCCGAACAUGGCUGGAGAGGUGGAGGAGAGAAGGGCAGGAAGGGAGGAUGGUCAAAAAAUGGAAAGGGAGGACUAGAGUCAGUGAUCAGACCUGGAUAAGCUCUAAUACCGAACGUGGACAUCCUCUUCAAAACAUCCAGGAAAGGAUUGUCGCACUUACAAGACUUUCUCCAGAAAUAGUGCAGACGAGCGAAUCAAUGCAAGUCGUGCGUUAUCGCCCAGGCGGACAUUACCACGCCCAUUUUGACAGUAGUGAGGUGACGUCAGACCUCGAGUGCAGACAUACGGGUAUUACUUUCAACCAAUCACGUGAGGCGCCAUUCCACGAGGAACGUUGCCGCUACUGCAGGAUGAUAACAAUACUCUACUAUUUAAAUGAUGUAGAUGAGGGAGGGGAGACUGCAUUUCCUUUCGCAGACAUGGACAUCAAUACACCUGAGUAUGAGAGAAAGCUGGAAUAUGACUACACGGACCUGACUGACCAUUGUCACGAUAGCAGUCUAGUGGUCAAGGCAGAGCGAGGCAAGGCAAUCAUGUGGUAUAACCACAACCUUGACCCUCAAACAGGUUGGCUCGGGACGAGCAGGGGCCACUCACUGCACGGGGGUUGUGAAGUCAUCCGUGGGGUCAAAUGGAUCGCCAAUAACUGGAUUUCAGUUGACGACGUGUACAAUAGACAACAGCGAUAUAUGGACGAACUCAGACCAUUCAUUCGUGCAGCAUCACUUCAUUCCAAGCCACGGAAAAGUACAGCAGGAUUAUCUCAACAUGCUCAAAAUAAAUCGAAACAUUCUCCCAAACUAGAAAAGAAUACAAACAAUUCGUCUUGUGAUUCGAGAAAAGAUGCUUAUAAUAAACAAGAUCCAAUCGAGCCUACAUGUACACUGUCAACGUUUGAUGAAAGAUGAUGGUAAAGUGGAACAUUUUGGUCUUUCAGAAGGGGCUGGCCAAAAACAUGAGUAGCAUUUCAGCAUUAUGUUAAUGGUAAAGUUUCUUCAUUGAUAUGAUCAUACUCACGCAAUAAUGCAAUGAACCCAUAAAGGAAAUUCCAAGAUUUGAAAUGAUUUAUAUCUCGGGCGGAUUUAUGUUGCCUUUGGAUUUCCUCUGUUGAUAAUCUCUUGCCAAAUUUCCGAUAAUUAAAUUGAAAGAGAGUCUCUUUCAAUUUGAAUUAUCGGAAAUGUAAGAGACAUCUAAUGAAAGAUAACUUGGACGUGCCGUUUUCCCCUAAAUAAGAGAGAACUGGAACUCAUUGAUUGAUCGGACCAACCUCAAUUGUAUGGAAAUCCAUCAACGCCAUAACUUUUUUCUUUGGGAAAUCUUCACAAUGUCUUUAGAAAACAAAAAGCAGACUGAAUUGUCAAGAAAACAGUGAAUGUAUGAAUAUACAUCAUACCUAGAAAAUAACAUGUAGUUCAGAUGUUGACAUUGCUGGCCUUCCAUAGUUGUGAUUGAUUGAAUCAAUGGUAACUCUUUGUAAGACGAGGCCCCGAUCAUCAUCUAUGUGGUACAGACCUCAGACAACUAAAUUAUUAUUAUCAUAAAUGUUUGUAACGAGGUAAUUUCAAUA